AAAAGCCACCCACAUGCCCAUUUCUCAAACCCCCGUAAAUCUCACAAACUCCCCUCAAAUCUCAAACCCCAGUUGCAGAAAUCAUGGGUUUGGGCAACUGGUUGCGUUCGAUUUUCAUUCUUCACAUGUUUGUGGCGACACUCAGCUCCUCAAACCCGGAGAGGUUGGCACAAAUCUCGGCUGACUUCCUCGAUUAUGCAAGAGAACCUGAGAUUUCUGAAUGGAUGGUUGGCAUUAGGAGGAUAAUCCACGAGAACCCAGAACUUGGGUUCGAGGAAUUUGAGACCAGUAAACUUAUUAGAACUGAGCUUGAUAAGAUGGACAUUCCCUAUAGGUUCCCAGUUGCAGUCACCGGCGUUGUCGGCUUCAUCGGCACCGGCGAACCUCCUUUCGUUGCUAUCAGAGCAGACAUGGAUGCUCUGGCUAUGCAGGAGGGUGUAGAAUGGGAGCAUAAAAGUAAAAUUCCAGGAAAGAUGCAUGCUUGUGGGCACGAUGCCCAUGUUGCGAUGCUUCUUGGUGCUGCAAAGAUGCUUCAAAAGCAUCGCCACGAUUUGCAGGGAACAGUCGUUCUUGUUUUCCAACCAGCUGAGGAACGACACGGAGGGGCAAAGAAAAUGUUAGAAACUGGAAUAUUGGAGAACGUUGAUGCCAUCUUUGGGCUGCAUGUCUCACCUCGUGUACCUAUUGGUUCAGUGGCCUCCAGGUCUGGCCCCGUUUUAGCUGCCUGUGGUUUUUUUGAUGCUGUAAUUAGUGGAAAAGGGGGCCAUGCAGCCCUUCCCCAGCACUCCAUAGACCCAAUAUUGGCAGCUUCAAAUGUGAUAGUUAGUUUGCAGCAACUGGUUUCCCGUGAAGCUGAUCCCUUGGAUUCACAGGUUGUCACAGUUGCUAAAUUCAAAGGUGGCGGUGCAUUUAAUGUCAUUCCUGAUUCCGUUACAAUCGGAGGCACAUUCAGGGCAUUUUCAAAAGAAAGCUUUCUGCAACUCAAACAACGAAUUGAAGAGGUUAUCACAUUACAAUCUAGCGUACAGAGGUGCAAUGCAACAGUGCAUUUUAACGACCCUUUCUACCCGAUAACUGCAAAUAACAAAGAUUUGCACAAGCACUUCCAGAAUGUUGCAGGGGAUAUGCUUGGUACCCAGAAUAUCAAGGAAAUGCCACUGGUGAUGGGAGCUGAAGACUUCUCAUUUUUUGCAGAGGCCAUUCCAGGAUACUUCUACUACCUGGGGAUGAAAAACGAAACUAGGGGGCAGCUCGAACUGGGACAUUCACCCUACUAUACCGUCAAUGAAGAUGCACUUCCAUAUGGUGCAGCUCUACAUGCAUCAUUAGCCACAAGGUACCUCCUGGAAUAUCAACAACCGAUAACCACUUCGCCAAAGGAAAGUUUGCAUGACGAGUUGUGAGGUGCUUAAAUUUUCUCAAUACCGGGUAAGGGCUUCAACUAAUAUAGAGCAUGGUUACAAUUUACAAACUAAAUGUGUAUUUGUUACCACUUACCAGAGACCGCUCUAAAGUUUCAUACUCUGUACAUAAGGAAGGAGGGUGUUGAAGGGUCACUCGAAUUAAUGUUUAUCUGCUUGGAAAGAAAAACUAUUUAAGGAAGAUAUGGUACAUUGGAAACAUUGAUAUAUGAGUAAAAUGCAAUAAUUUAGCUCAAUAAAUAGAAUGUAGCUUGUCUUUUUUCUCUCCACAAAGGAAAGAAGCAAUGUAAUUGCCUGUCAUCAGUCUCCCCUUUUUAAGAAAGUUUGUUAUUGAUAGCCAAAAUUUAGGUCCAUGAUAGUACAAAACGAUAAGUCUAAACGAGUACAAACUUGUGCCUUAUAAACUAGGUUCGUUUCCCUUGGAUUUUCACAACUCAAAGAGUCAAGGAUAGUGAAUGUUUAGAGAGUCCGGAUCAGAAGCAUUGGUUUUGGAAUGGAGCCUGUAGGGUUUGUAUCUGACGUCACAUGUGAUAGAUGGGUCUUCAAUGCCAUUCCCUCCUCUAGAUCCCCAUCAAAUCGCAAGCCCUGUAUUAGAACUUUACCAUCAUCCACAUCUUCAUCUUCAUCCCCUGGUAGUAACACAUGUUUAAACCGAAAUCGACCAUGUCCAGGAGACCACCUCUUUGAUUUAGGUAGGUGUAAUGGUAAAAAGUUUUGGGGGUCAUUUCAGCGAAAUGUUAGGAAGUAUAUGGAAUGUUUCAGGCUGGUUGAAGCAGGGCCAAAGGACGCCAGAACGUUGCAGCCGAUAAAACCAGCAGGGAAUGUUGGGUAUUGCAGUGAGAGGAACACUGAAGAACACAAUGAGAACCUAAAAGCCUUGAUUCUCCAUUGCAAGAAUUCGUACGGAUCGGUAAUUCCAUCACUUCACUAAUUGUUGUCAUCUCAAAUACUUGUUAUUAGCUUUGUCUUUGUUGAUCAUGGGUCCUGUACAAUUAACAAUACCCAAACCUAUUCUCCUAUAUAUGAUGCCUCCAUUCUUUUUAA